AUGGACCAGACCUACAAGCCCACUCCAUCGGCGCCUGUUGUACGUCUCAUGGUCCUCGAGACCGACGAACCUCAUCCAGACACAUAUUCGGCGCGAGGAUCUUUUGGCCGAAUCGUCCACGAACACUUCUCCAGAGCUGGCGGUGCUCAUCAUCCACCUCUGGGCGUGGAGACGGACCAAGUCUUUGUCGUGUCCGAAUCCGGCGGUCGGAUUCCAACUGUAAAGGAAUUUGAUCGUUUUGACGGGCUGCUGAUCACGGGCAGCGUUUACGACGCGCACGGGAACAAUCAAUGGAUCCUCGAUCUCCUAGAGCUUCUCAAAAGUCUCUGGAUCCAGCGCCCUGAUUUCCACUUCCUGGGAGUCUGCUUCGGUCAUCAGCUUCUGGCUCGCCUCCUUGGCGGCUCCAUCGGGCCCGCGCCUUCGCAAGACUGGGAACUAGGUCACUGCCGAAUCAACCUCACGCCUGUUGGGCAACGGCUGUUCCGCACACGCGAAAAGCAUAUACAUUUGCACCAGAUGCACCAGGACCAAGUGGUCCUGUCACCUACUGCUGCAUCUGCGGGACCCACUAUGAUGUCCCCGGAGACGGAAAUCGCUUGCUGGGGACGCACUGAGCAUACACCUAUUCAAGGCCUAUAUAUCGCAAAUCGGCUGUUCACCACGCAGGCACACUUGGCUUUUGACGAGGAUAUGGUAAAAAGACAGAUCCAGAUCCGGGUCGAUGGUGGUGGGAUCAAAGACUUCGAACAUGCGAAUCGCGCAGGCGAGACAGCGCAUCUGGAGCAUGAUGGCGUGGAGGUUGCCAAGGCUAUUUUGAGGCUGUUCGUAUAUGACGACGAUGACAUGGGAUUUGAACGAUCAUAA